AUGAAGGUUACGACAUCGAAGUGGGCGAUACUCAUCGCGAACAUACUCGUCCCCAUAUCGAUUCUCGUCUUUUCCUCUGGGUUUUUCCCUUAUAAGACUUUGAUUCCGGGCUUUGCAACUCAUGAACACACCAAUAACAGUCAAAUCCCGCCGGGCAUAUUUGACAAAGUUGUUUUUAUGGUAGUUGAUGCACUGCGGAGCGAUUUCGUUUAUUCCCAAAACUCUGGGUUUCUAUUCACUCAAAGCUUAAUUCGGUCAGGCGCUGCUCUCCCAUUCACUGCCUAUGCUAGCGCUCCGACUGUCACAAUGCCCCGGCUCAAAGCCAUAACAACAGGGUCCGUGCCGUCAUUUCUAGAUGUGAUACUUAACAUUGCAGAGGCUGAUACCUCGGCGACUCUCACGCACCAAGAUACAUGGUUAGCACAAUUGCAAGCAAAAGGUGGUAAAAUGGUCAUGCAUGGGGAUGACACUUGGCUGAAGUUAUUUCCUGGGAUGUUUCACAGAGCCGAUGGAACUACAAGCUUCUUUGUGUCGGACUUCACAGAGGUAGACAAUAAUGUGACUCGUCACAUCCCCAGUGAACUCUUGCAAGAUGACUGGUCAGCUUUCAUAAUGCACUUCCUUGGUCUUGACCAUAUAGGACACAAAGCUGGGCCUAAUAGCCCAUACAUGAUAACAAAGCAACAUGAGAUGGAUUCUGUUGUUAGCAUGGUGUACACAGCUUUGGAGCAAGAGAAACAUCUCAAGACAACCCUCUUUGUAUUAUGUGGUGACCAUGGGAUGAACGAUGCUGGGAAUCAUGGCGGUUCGUCUGUGGGCGAAACUUCACCAGCUCUGCUUUUCAUAUCGCCUAAAUUUCAGCGACUCGAAACUCGAAACGAUAGUCCAACGGAAGAAUUCAGUGACCUGCAAUAUUACCGUACUGUUGAACAAACAGAUAUCACGCCGACACUGGCGGGGCUCCUAGGCUUGCCAAUUCCCUUGAAUAGCCUGGGUGUCUUUAUCCCAGAGCUUCUUAUGAUGUGGGAUUACGGACCGCACAGGAUUCAUAUGCUACUCGAAAACGCCAAGCAGUUGCUGAAAGCCGUUAAAGGAUCGUUUCCGAGUUGCAGUUUUGAAUCUAAUUUGAUGUCUACUAAUUGUAGCUCUCGAUCAUUCACCGAUAUUGAGCAUGUUCAGUGUGCUUGGUUCCGAGUGCUUGAACUACUCAAUGGCUCGGGUGCUGAUUACGAUCGUGGAGCCUCUUCAGAGGUCGAGUCUGCUCUUCUGCUGUUUUUGAGGAGUGCCCAGAGGCUAAUGAGCAGCGCCGCAAGUGAUUAUAACCUUAUAAGGCUCUAUCUUGGGCUUUCCAUUGCCGGCUUUGCUAUCUCAAUUACCUUUUUCCCAGUCAAAAGACUGCUAGUGAAUUUCACGCCGGCAGGAAUGUUUUUGGGGUUUAGCAUUCUAAGCUAUAGCACCAUGAUGUUUGCAAGUAGCUACGUGGAAGAAGAACAGCAGUUCUGGUACUGGGUAUCGAUGGGAUGGGUGGUUUACCUACAUGUUAAAUAUGCUGGUUACUUCCAUGGCUGUUCAAUCCAAAAAUCUGGUCCAGCGGAAUACCGGCCAUUUGUACCCUCACUUCCCAGGUUUGGUGCAGCUGCGCUAGCAGUGUCUUAUCGAGUUCUGCGAAGAUGGAAUCAAACAGGCCAGAAAUUUGCUGCUCAGCCGGACAUUACCGGGUCCUUUUUUCCUUCCCAUCAGCAUACUUUGUGGGCCUUGGUGAUUCUGACAUACGCUGAUACUUGUUUGCACCUUCUAUUCGACCUUCCUACAUCGGUGCUUUGGCGUUUUAUUAGUUGUGCGGUGACGCUGGCAGCAUUUCUUUUCAAGUUAUCAUUGGCGGCAUCCGACUCUCCCGAACUUGUCGGUAACUCCUUCUUGCAGCCCGUGGUUAGGGUGACUGAUGGAAUACACCUGCUUUAUCAUGCAAGAAUGGUUCUUUGUGGAAUAUCUCUUCUCAUGAUAUAUUCCAUGUGUGUUGGAAAACCCCGGGGAUCGAUUCACAAGGGCACUGGCAAGUAUUGA